CUAUAUAGGACCCCAGUCAGUGGAAGGAGCUGUGAAACGGCACCGAGAUGAAACCAGCCUUCUUUCUGCUAUGCGUCUUCGUUGCCAUCGUGGAUGGUUACGUGCCUGGUGCUUUCGGAUAUAGUGGCUUGGGUCAGCAAUAUGGUGGUCUGGGAUUUCGUGGUCAGGAAUCUUUUAACCUGGGAUACAGUUCUUUGGGGUACAGAGGCCAGGACUAUGUUAGACCGGUAUAUGAUAGCCUGGGAUAUGGUCAACAGCAGUUUGGUGGCGUAGGAUAUCUUAGUCCAGGAUAUGGCUCUCCAGGUUAUGGUGGUCAGAACUAUGUUAGUCCACUAUAUGAUGGCCUGGGAUAUGGUCAACAUCAGUUUGGUGGUCCAGGAUAUCUUAGUCCUCGAUAUGGUCCUCCAAGUUAUGGUGGCAAGGGCCUUUCUUAUGAUGUCGAGAUCAAAAUUCCAGCAUAUGAGCCAUAUGGGACUUUGCCUCUGCAGUAUCCCCAGUUUGGUGAUAUCGGAUUUGGUGGGGUAGGAUAUGGCGGCACGGGCCUUCCUGCUGUUAACAUCGAGAUUAGCGAUCCAGCGUAUGACUCAUAUGGGCAGUUGUUAACAGUGAAGGAAGAUGCAGUUCCUCUGGAGUAUGGCCAAUAUAACAUACCUUCCACAUACGCUGCAGCUCUUCCCACCUCAUAUCAAGGAGGGUCCAAUGAACGUUCAUCAUUGCCGUGGAUCGUCAGUUCCUCCGGUGUGAAAGCGCUGAGAGGAAUGUGCAGCAGCUCGUCAUAAAUAUGGCGGUGUUUGUGCUGUUGUC